AUGGACUCCAUCACCUCUAUAGGGCGACAAAACCAAACAAGUGUUGCAGAGUUUAUCCUCAUGGGAUUCUCUAUUGACCCAAAGAACAAGAGCCUUCUCUUUGCCAUAGGGCUAUUAGUCUAUCUGUCAACUUUGGUAGGGAAUCUAGCCAUCAUUACAUUGAUCCGGGUAGACCAAUGCCUCCACACUCCCAUGUACUUCCUCCUGGGUAACCUCUCUUUUAUUGAGAUCUGCUACACUUCCACCACUGUCCCCAAAAUGCUGUGGGACCUCUUGUUGGGGGAUAGGAGAAUCUCCUUCAUAGGAUGUGCACUCCAGAUGUAUUUCUUUGUUGCUUUAGGAGGCACUGAGUGCGUGCUUCUCUCCACCAUGGCUUAUGACCGCUUUGCAGCAAUCUGCCACCCACUCCGCUACACCCUGCUCAUGAGCCAGCCAAUACGUAGGGGUCUGCUAGCAGCUUCCUGGGCUAUUGGCAACUUCAAUUCUGUUGUCAAUACAGCACUGGUCUUUUCUUUAAAUUUUUGCCAUUCCAACAACAUUGACCAUUUCUUCUGUGACAUUCCACCCCUUCUACACCUCUCUUGCUCGGACACCUCUGUGAGCCAGCUUGUGACUUUCACCAUCUCUGGAUGUGUUAUCAUUGUGCCAUUCUGCCUCAUUCUUCUCUCCUAUAUCCUCAUCGUCUCCUCGGUGCUCAGGAUCCAUACAACUCAUGGUAGAAUCAAGGCAUUCUCCACUUGUGCUUCCCACCUCACUGUAGUAAGCAUCUUCUAUGGCACCAUUAUCUACACAUACAUACGGCCAUCCUCCAGUCAUUCCAUGGAACAGGACCGCCUGGUUUCUGUGCUGUAUGCCAUCAUUACCCCACUGCUCAACCCCCUGAUCUACAGCUUGAGGAACAAAGAGGUUCAGGGAGCACUUUGGAGAGUCCUUGGAAAGAGCAGAUCAUAA